UCUGGGCUCCCGAAACAGCCUCAGUGGGGUGUCCAGGGCAGAGGAAGACAGAUAGACAGUCAGAGGCAGUGAAGGAGAGACGCGAAGCAAAAAGAGUCAGACCCCAAAGGAGACAAGGACCCCACGUUGAUCUCGUAGCAGCAGACGCCUCCCUGGGAGAAGUUCUGCUGUUCAACAUCCCCAUGGGCCACCCUGGGCCAUGGCUGUACACCUCUGUCCUCUGGGCUCUGGUGGCCAGCCUGCUCCUCCCUCCUGCCAUGACCCAGCAGCUGAGAGGGGCCGGGCUGGGCUUCGGCAACACCAACAACAAUGCAGGCGUCCCUGGGCCUUCGGAGGACAUGUCAGCCGAGUUUGGCCACCAUAUCCACAGGCACAGGGGCCAUGACAGUGAGGAGGAAGAGGAGGAUGUUGCCACAGAAAACAGACAUCCUUUCCAGAGCCACAGAGACCAUGAGGAGGAGGAGGAAGAUCUCUCCAGGGAAUAUGGCCACCAAAUGCCAGGCCACCGAUACCAAGGCCACCAAGUUGAAGAGGAAAAUGUGUCCCGGGAGGGCUCCACAGAGCAGGUCCGGCAGACCACUCAGCACAGAAGCCAAAGCAACGAAGAUGUGGAAGACUCCACAGAGCAUGGAAACCACUUUCCCAGCAGCCACAGGGGCCACGGCCACAACAACGAGGACGAGGAUGACAUCGUCUCCAGUGAGCACCACCGCCACAUCCCCAGGCAUGUCCGCCAAGGCCACAGAGGGGGAGAGGAUGAUGAAGAAGAGGAGGAGGAAGAAGGGGAGGAGGAGGAGGAGGUCUCCUCUGAGUACAAGCACCAGGCCCAUAGGCACCGAGGCCACAGGGAGGAUGAGGAUGAAGAGGAUGAGGAAGAAUCAGAGGAAGACCACCACCACAAUCCUAGUGAUGGACACCAAGGCCAUGAAGAGGGUGGACACCACGGGACCCAUGGCCAUCAAGGCCACAGGAAAGAAGAAGAGGAGGACAUCUCAGAAGAACGCCAACACCAUGUCCAUGGACAUCAGGGCCAUGAAAAUGAUGGUGAUGAUGAUGACGACUCUACUGAGAAUGGACAUGAGACCCAUGGGCACCAGGGUCAUGUAAAUGAUGGUAAUAAUGAUGAUGAUGGUGAUGAUGAUGAAGAAGAAGAGGACUCUACUGAGAAAGGACACCAGGCCCACAGGCAUCAAGGCCACAAAAAUGAUGAUGAUGAUGAUGAUGAUGAUGAUGAUGAUGAUGAUGAUGAAAAUGAAGAGGACUCUAUUGAGAAUGGACACCAGGCCCACAGGCAUCGAGGCCACAAAGAUGAUGAAGACAUUUCGGAUGAGCACCACCAUCAUGUCCCUGACCAUGGGCCCCAAGGCCACAGAGAUGAUGAAGAUGAUGAUGAUGAUAUGUCCACUGAACACUGGCACCAGGCCCCCAGACAUACCCAUCAUGGCCUCCAGAAUGAGAAAGAAGAGGAAGAGAAAGAGGUUACAUUCAAGUUGAGCCACCAUGUUGCAGGAAGUGAAGAGGAGGAAGACAUCCCAGGGGAGUACAAAACAGAAGUCCCUGGCCACCACCACCACAGUGCCCCCAGGGACCAAGAUGAGGAUAUCUCUGCUGAGCUUGGUCCCCAGGCCCCCAGCCAUAGGCAACAAGACCACCAAGGUGAACACACUAGGGCUGGGGACAGAAGCGGCUUGAGAGAUGUUGAUUUUGGAGAGGAAGAUGGGAAGGAGGAAGACCGCGGCUCUCAGGAGGAAGGCGACGAAAGUGUAGAGCAGUCUGAAGGAGUCCACCAUGGAAGCCUGGGCCAGGAUGAUGAGGAAGAUGAGGAGGAAGGUCAUGGUCUCCACAUGAGCCAGGAAGAAGAUGAAAAUGAAGAUGAGGAAGAAGAGAGGGCUGAGGUUAGGGCUCCAUUGAGCCAAUAUCACCGGAAAGAGGAAGAGGAAGAAGAGGAGGAGGGCCUGGAUGAAGAUGAGCUCCCUUUUACCAUCAUCCCUAACCCCCUGGUAGGGAGGGAGGUGACUGGAGGCGGCUCCAGCGAGGAGGAGAGUGGGGAGGAUACAGGUCCACAGGACAUGCAGGACUAUGGGAACUAUCAACCAGGGUCCCUCUGUGGCUACUGCUCCUUCUGCAAUCGAUGCACUGAAUGUGAGAACUGUCACUGUGACGAGGAGAACAUGGGUGAACACUGUGACCAGUGCCAGCACUGCCAAUUCUGCUACCUCUGCCCGCUGGUCUGCGAAACGGUCUGCACUCCGGGAAGCUACGUGGACUAUUUCUCCUCCUCUUUGUAUCAAGUCCUAGCAGACAUGCUGGAAACGCCUGAACACUGACCUCGCCGCGGCUGUGGUGUGUUCCAGCCCGCCUGCCCUCCAGCCCUUUGGCACCAGCCGUCUUUAUUUCUCUGAAUAAAUUUUUGCCUCGAAACCUCA